AUGAGAAUUUCCCACCAUUCCUCCAGCCAUAGUUGGCUCAUCCACAUCCUCGCGUUCUACGGUCCGGGUGUUCCUCGAGACAGCAGUUGUGAGGGUGUUGGACAGAUACGGUGUUCCACACCUUUGCAGAGCGCUUUUAGAUACUGGCGCACAAGAACGGUAGUAGAAGGAGGUACUAAGGCCAAGCACCAGACUUUAUGUCAAGUCCAAGCCAUGGACGACAGUCCAGAUUCUCAGUUCAUGUUAACCUGCCAAAUCGUCCCAUCAGUACUCCAACAAAAACUGCCAAAUUGGAACGUUCAGACCGAUAAAAUUCCCAUUCCCUCAGAUAUUUCUCUAGCCGAUCCGACCUGGUACGUUCCACAGCCAAUUGAUUUGAUAAUAAGCAACGAGUUUUAUAACGAUAUUUAUACCAGUAAGAUUCUACGCUUGGGUCAAGGAUUUCCAGUUCUCAAAGAAAGUUGUUUCGGCUGGGUAAUUUCCGGGCCUCAUACUAGUUCAUCCCCAACUGAUCAAAUUGCCUAUGUCGGGACCACCCUAGCUUCUAUCGAUUCGUCCCUCAAGAAAUUUUGGGAAGUAGAAGAAGUGUCCUCAGAUCACCUCAAAACUCCAGAUCACGAGACAGUCGAGAAUAUCUUUCAAGAAACCACUACCCGCGAUGGCUCGGGACUAUAUAUUGUGCAUAUUCCUUUCCGGCCGAGUGUAACUCGCUUGCACAAUAAUCUUCCCAAUGCCACCAAACAAUUUCUGCUUCUCGAAAAACGCCUAUCUAACAAACCAGAGAUUAAGACCCAAUACCACGCAGCUAUGCAGGAGAAUUUCGAUCUCAAUUUCUUUGAGAAGGUACCACCGGAAGAGAUCAACUCCACCUCCUAUUAUAUGCCACAUCACGCUGUCAUUAAGGAAUCCCCUGUUGGUACCAAGCUACGAAUAGUCAAGAAUGCGAGUUCCAAAUCGCAAACCGGGCUCAGUCUCAACGACGUAGCUAUGAUGGGUCCUAUUGUGCAACCGGACAUUGCCACAAUUCUCCUAAGGUUCCGGGAACAUCCAUAUGCUUUUUGCUGUGACAUACAAAAAAUGUAUCCCCAAGUCUUACUCCAUCCCCCUCACAGAGACUAUCAUCGCAUUUUAUGGCGAUACAGUCCAUCAGAGCCAAUUAGUCAUUACAGAGCCAGAGGUGUUUGCUUCGGUGUAACAACCUCUUCCUAUCUAGCCACCCGAGUGCUCAUAGAUUUAGCAGAAAAGGAACAAGUCCAAUUCCCACUUGCCGCAAAAGCCCUCAAGCAGAAUUUUUAUGUAGACGAUUGUCUCAUUUCCUUUCCAUCCAUUCCGGAAGCUAAAGAAUGUCGGCUACAAUUGACGGAGUUGCAUGCUUCGGCAGGUAUGACCCUUGCCAAAUGGUGUGUCAAUGACCCACAGAUAACUGAUCAUUCCGACCAAAGAGAGAGUUGCGACAUAUUCCCAGAAAAAUCCAAGGCGUUAGGCAUGAUUUGGCUUCCACAAGAUGACCAGUUCACGUUUAAGCUUACAAAAGAUUUUUCAAAGGCUAACACCAAAAGAGAGGUACUUGCCGCCAUUGCGUACCUUUACGAUCCCCUAGGGCUGAUAUCCCCUGUCAUUGUAGUAGGGAAGUUGAUCCUACAAGAGAUCUGGAAGGCACAAAUCCCCUGGGACCAACCCAUGUCUUCCGAGAUUAUUACCAAGUGGAAACAGUUUGCCGAAGGUCUAUCUUCCAUUCAUUCCCUUCAUGUUCCACGCUCAGUUUCCGAAUUUAAAUCCCCAAAAUCCAGAGAGUUGCAUGUUUUCUGUGACAGCAGCUCCUUUGCAUAUGGCGCAGUGGCCUAUGUAGUCACUGAGAAUGAGACAGGUGAGCGUAAGGCUCAGUUAUCAAUGGCCGAGUCACGUAUUGCUCCCACUGAGUCAAUAACCAUACCCAAAUUAGAAUUAUGCGCCACAGUUCUAGGUGCCAGACUGAUCAAGAAAAUUCAAGAGUCCCUCUCAUUCAAUGAGUAUUUUCCAUGGACAGAUUCGACGAUUGUCUUAGGACAAAUCAGGUCAAAGCGCGUCAAGUUUGAUGUAUUUACCGCCCACAGAAUUUCUGAGAUCCAUAAGCUAACAGAUUCGUCCAAAUGGCAGCAUGUACCGGGAGGUUCAAAUCCUGCGGAUAUUGUUUCGCGAGGUAAUGCCGAAGAUUGGCCUGAAGACCCUUAUGGUGUCACGUUCAUUGCCUCCAAUAUUGCCAAUGAGAGUCAACUACCUCCACAUCCAUUAGAAACAAUCCUCAAUAAAUCCAACAGCUAUGUUAAGGUAAAAAAUAUCUUAGCAUAUGUCCUCAGAUUCCUAACCAAGUCCACGAGGCGUGUUAAAGGUCCUCUCACUUCCACAGAAAUCCAUGCCUCAGAGCACAAGUUAAUAUCUUUUGCACAGUCUCAACACCUGUCCGAAGUGAGAUCAGCCAUUGCUGAUGGUUCUAUGUGGACGGGGAGGAAAUUCAACAAUGUUAGUCAUCUAACACCAUUCAUUGACGAACAGCGAAUCAUCAGAGUGGGAGGAAGACUUGCUAAGUCUCUGCAGGACUACGAGGUUAGACAUCCUAUGCUGCUACCUAAGUGUCGACUUUGA